AUGCCUGGAAGUGACGCUCUUCGCGCACUCAAGUUGCUCUCUCGCAGCUCAGGGGGUCUCCUCUCGGGCGCUGAGACGACCACGCAACGAUGCCUGACGAAGUCUUUCUCCCGCUCGAUGGCCACCGAGGCCCAGUCCCCCGUUGACAACCUUACGAGGGAGGUUCCCAAGCCCGUGUGGAAUCCCGAACCCGUCAAGGCGACCCUCUACUCAUUCCCUUCGAUGGAGCCCCUGCGCUUCGUUGAGUAUCCUCGCAACCACCUCCUGAUGCCGCUACGCAAAGACAUCCUGCACCGAGCCGUUGUUUACGAGGGUGACAUGACCCGACAGGGUACCGCAAGCACCAAGUGGAGAGAUGAUGUGCAUGGAAGUGGUAGGAAGUUGCAUGCGCAGAAGGGUACUGGUCGGGCCCGUGUUGGCGACAAGAAAUCCCCGAUCCGGAGAGGUGGAGGUGUUGCUUUUGGUCCUCACCCCCGCGACUUCUCAACGGAGCUCCCUCAGAAGAUCUACGACCAGGCGUGGCGGAUAGCCCUCAGUUACCGCUACAAGCGCGGCCAAUUGAUCAUUGUCGACAACGAAAUCAGCCUUCCGGAGGGCGCCACUCCCCAUAUCGUUGAGGAGAUUUUCAAAGUCAACUGCUGGGGCCGGCACUAUGGACGGUCAACAUUGAUUACGGACCAACCGAAGGAGGAGCUGUUCGAGACCGUGCGUCAAGUGGGUGAACAUGCGAAGAUCCUGGACCGCCGUGACGUGGAUGUGAAGGACCUGUUGGAGACUGGACGCUUGAUUAUUGAGAAGCAAGCGCUGGACCGCAUUCUGUCUCAGCAUUCCAAGGAUCUGAAGAACAAGCCGGCCAAGGCUUUGUACUAA